AUGGCGGCCAGCCUUAUGUUUUGCCAGCUAGGCAGACGGAGAAAUGACAGAGUCUUUCGUGAGCGUUUUUCACUGCACACUAUGGACGAUGAGGAAAUUCGGAAACGAUACCGUUUCCGUAAAGAAAAUAUUGGACGGCUUGUCACAUUACUGGAACCUUCACUAAGGCAUUCCACAAAUAGAUCGCACUCUUUGUCAACAGAAUUACAGAUUCUGAUUGCCUUGAGAUUUUAUGCCAGUGGAAGUUUUCUUCAAGUUCUUGGUGACACAACUGGGGUCGACAAGUCAACAGUCUCUCGAAUCGUUCUGAAAGUGUCGCAGUCACUGGUAUCUCUUGCGCCCAGAUUUAUUAAAUGGCCAGCAGACGAGGAGCUAACCAGCAUCAAGAGUGAAUUUUUUAAAUUAGCAGGCUUUCCAGGUGUUAUAGGCUGUAUCGACGGCACUCAUGUGAGGAUCCAAGGACCGUCAGAGAAUGAACCAGCAUUUGUGAAUAGGAAAGGCUACCACUCAAUCAAUGUUCAAGCUAUCUGUGAUAAUGCUGGUAAAUUUACCAACAUCGUGGCAAGAUGGCCAGGUAGCACACAUGAUAGCCACAUAUUUAACAUGAGUGGAAUAAAGCAAGAUAUUGAGCGGAACUUCCGCUCUAUCAAUGAUGGCAUCAUAUUGGGCGAUAGUGGGUAUGCCUGUAAACCAUACCUUAUGACACCAUACCUCCGACCCUCCUCUCAGGCCGAGGAGCGCUUUAAUACAGCGCAUUCUAAAACACGCGUGGCCAUUGAGAGGACAUUUGGCUGGUGGAAACGACGGUUCCACGUCCUUCAUUCUGAAAUCAGAAUGAAGCCAGAGAGAGUGUGCACAAUUAUUGGUGCUUGUGCAGUUUUGCAUAACCUGGCUAUAAUGUACAACGAGCCACCGAUGGAUGAAGAUAUAACUGUUAAUGGAAAUAUACAGGGAAAUUACAAUGGACCCGAGGAUGGAAAGAACAUCAGGAAUUACAUCACACAACAUUAUUUCUAGA